AGGAAUACCAGCACGCACACGAGUUUCGGAAAUUUAUCUCCUGUGCAAUUACAAUGACUGUAUCACAGAAUCGUGAUAAUGUCAUUGGAUGUGCGUAUGAUAUGGGUUGCAUUACAGUGGUAUAUCCGCAACACGUUGUUAUUCUGAAUUAUGGCGUCGACAAUACGUGGGAGGUUCUUCCAAACUAUCAAAGAAUGUGGUGGUAUAAGGGGAUCAUUCUGGAAAUUACUAAGGGGAGAAGAUCUUAAGGUUGGUGCUCUUGUUGGUGAGGACAAAUAUGGCAACAAGUACUACGAGAAUGACAGGUUCUUCUUAGCCAGAAAUAGAUGGGUGCAAUAUCGCGAUGAUCGCUACUGGAAUUAUGAUGCAAGCCUUGUUCCACCAGAAUGGCACAGAUGGCUUCAUAAUAUAACAGAUGAUCCACCCACUAAGGUACCACCCGUCCCUCAAAAGUUCAUCUGGAAAGAACACAAGGAGAAUUUUUCUGGAACGAACAAGGAAUAUGUACCCUACUCAACCACACCGAAGAAGAUUCAUGAAUGGGUCCCUCCGAGGAGUUAGUGCUCAUUUUUCUGAGGAAAUUAACAUAUUUUUAUUUGUGAAAUGGUCAUUAAUUUUCCUGUAUUCGGGAUCAGCUUGUACCUUUACAGAGUAAAUUUUUCUUGAAAACAAUUCUGAAAAUAUUCAAAUUGCAAAACAAAAGUACCAAUUCUAGAAGUGGUUCAAAACUGAACUGAAGAAAUAAUCCAAUAGAAAUUAGAAUUAGUCAAAAUGUGGUGCAGCCCCUUGCUAUGCUGAAGAAUAUUUAACACUAUGAACACCAUCUAAUAUGUGUGUUAUAAAACUUAUCAAGAUCAAGAAGUUACCAAUUUAGAAACUGGUUUAGUUCAUAUUUCCCUCAAAAUAUCCUUCAUUAAAACGUUUUAAUAAUAAGAAAAACACAAAGAAUUGCUCUGUAUGAAAAGGUUACAAGGCAUAAUAUUAUCAUGGAUUUGUUGUACAUACAUAUUUCAUCUGACAGAUGUAAUAAAUAAACUAUAUACUGA